AUGACAGGCGACUGCGGAGACCACACGUGCCCCUACCCGGGGGGCUUUACCCACUACUCGCCCUCGGUGGUCGGAAGUGCCAUCUUUCUGGUCUUCUUUGCACUGCUGGUGCCCGUGUCCCUCUAUCAGGGCUUCCGUUUCAAGACGCCGCUCUUCGCCUCGACCCUGGCGACUGGCCUUCUUUUGGAGGUCCUGGGCUUUGCCGGAAGGCUCAGGCUGCGGGAGAAUGCCGCCAGCCCGACUUCCUUCUUCCUCUGGCUCCUCGGCGCCAUCUUGGGCCCGACGCUGAUCGCGGCCGCCAUCUGCCAAAUCCUCCCUCACGUCAUCGCCCUGUACGGCCUUGGCAUUGGCUUCACCCAACCAAGGGUCGCCGUCCUGCUCCUCAUAUUCGCCCUUGCUCUCGUUCUCGCGCUGGAGAUCGCCGGCGUCGUGUCUGCCGUCUUUGGACUCGGUGGUGUUCAGACAUCAUCCAUACUGCUUGCUGCUCUGGGCGUCCAGAUCCUAGCGCUACUGCUCUUCGUGGGCCUGUUUCUCUGGUUUACCCAAAAGAUCCCGGACCCGAAGCACGUGGCCGUAUACAAGGCCCCAAGAUUCAACAACUUCAUCAAAAUGAUACCGGCAGUCGCUGUUGUCUUGAUCGGGCACACCAUUUACCGUCUUGUCGAAUUUUGGGACGGCCUUGGCAGCCCUCUCCAACGUUCGGAAGCCGCAUCCCUGGUCAUCGGCGGUGCUUUGCCACUGCUGGUGUCUUCGGUCUUGUGCAUAUACCAUCCCGGCGCUGCGUUCGGCCGGGCUUGGAACUUGACGUCGCCGCGUUUUCGUUCUACUUCGUUUCGAUCGCGUCGUCAGCCGGUGCCGUCGCCUCUUCAAUCGCCCGCUGCGCCUUGGGACGAACACAAAGGACCCCGUCAGCCGGGGUUCACUGCUUCGCGGUUCCCCGACAAGAAGAUGUCGCCCGUCGGCAUCGGUCCGAUCCCGCUGAGGGAAUCAACCAUGGCAAGCAAGGUUGCAAGCAGCCCUGGCGAGAGAUCGGUGACUUAUCCAAGCCCAAUCGCUUCAACGCACAAGCUGAGCCCCAUUGCAUCGACACACAAGCUUAGCCCGACCUACCAAAAGACGCAGCAGCAGCAGCAGCAGGCGGCGAACACAAACCGGCACAGUACAAGGUCAAAUGGAAAACCUAUGGUGAACAGCGAAGAAUUGUGGUAG